UCUGUGGACUGUGAAUAUUUUGUUUGGUGUUUACUGUUUACCUACAUUUUUUAAAAUUGAAUAUUAUUUAUAUUUAAAAUGUGGUUUUAAUGAUAUGAUAAUAACACUGAAAUGAUAAUAAUUUAUGUAUGCUAAAUAAAGUAGAGAAACCAAUAAUAAUUCACAAAAUUUUCCGGUUAAAAUGACCACUUUGAGGCCUUUCACAUGUGAUGAUAUGUAUAAAUUCAAUAAUGUAAAUCUAGACCCUCUCACAGAAACCUAUGGAUUAUCAUUCUACAUGCAGUAUUUAGCUCACUGGCCAGAAUAUUUUCAAGUAGCAGAAUCACCCAGUGGUGAAAUCAUGGGAUACAUUAUGGGUAAAGCCGAGGGCAUUGGAGACAAUUGGCAUGGUCAUGUCACAGCACUGACAGUUUCUCCAUACUUCCGUAGACUGGGAUUGGCAGCUUCUCUUAUGAAUUUCUUGGAAGAAGUGUCAGAAAAGAAAAGAACAUACUUUGUGGAUUUGUUUGUGCGCGUGAGCAACAAAGUAGCAAUCAAUAUGUAUAAGAAUUUGGGAUACAUAGUUUACCGAACUGUUUUGGAAUACUAUUCAGGAGAUCCAGACGAAGAUGCAUAUGAUAUGCGAAAAGCGUGUUCCCGAGAUACUGACAAGAAAUCUGUUGUCCCACUAACUCAUCCUGUUAGACCUGAGGAAGUUGAUUAAUAUAUAAUGUAGCAUUUCAAUAAACAAUUAAUAUAAAUGAGUGAUGCAUUCCUGCUA